AUGGCACUAGUCAAGAGCCACCACCAAAUGUUGGCCUCGUCUUCAACCUCGUCGUCGUCCCCGUCCUCUCAGCAGCAGCUGCUGCUGCCGCCGGUGCCGCCUCCGCCCGUCGUCACCAGCUCAUCCUGCGUCGCCGCCGACCAGCCCUCCCCCGCCAAGCGCAAGAGGCGCCCGCCGGGCACACCAGACCCUGAUGCUGAGGUGGUGGCGCUGACGCCUCAGACGUUGCUGGAGUCGGACCGGUACGUGUGCGAGAUCUGCGGGCAGGGGUUCCAGCGGGAGCAGAACCUGCAGAUGCACCGGCGGCGGCACAAGGUGCCGUGGCGGCUGGUGAAGCGGGCGCCGGCGCCGCCCUCUGGAGGAGGAGAGGACGGGAGCAACGGCGGCGGCACGGGAGGAGCAGGAGCGGCGUCGACGGCGGCGCCUCGGAAGCGCGUGUUCGUGUGCCCGGAGCCAAGCUGCCUCCACCACGACCCUGCCCACGCGCUGGGCGACCUGGUGGGGAUCAAGAAGCACUUCCGGCGGAAGCACGGCGGGCGGCGGCAGUGGGUGUGCGCCCGCUGCGCCAAGGGCUACGCCGUGCAGUCCGACUACAAGGCGCACCUCAAGACCUGCGGCACCCGCGGCCACUCCUGCGACUGCGGCCGCGUCUUCUCACGGGUGGAGAGCUUCAUCGAGCACCAGGACGCGUGCAACUCCGGCCGGAUCCGCGGCGAGGCGGCGGCCGUGCCGCCGGUGCUCCCGGCGCUCCGCCCAUCCGUCAUGAGGCAUCCUAUCUCCGGCGGCGCGCCACCGACGCCGCCGCCGGAGCUCCAGCUCCUACCGGCAGCCACCAAGGCGCCUCCGACCUCCACCGCCAGCUUAUUCUCGGCCUCCCACGAGCCACACACCACGACGAAGCUCGAGCUCUCCAUCGGCGCCCCGGACGGCGCCGCCUCGGACGACGGGAGGGAGGAGGUGCGGCGCGCCAUGCAGGAGAAGGCCUGCGCGGACGCCGAGCGGGCGCGGGCGCGCGACGAGGCCGCGGCGGCGGAGCGCGCGCUGGAGGAGGCCCGCCGCGCGCGCCAGCGCGCCAGGGGCGAGCUCGAGCGGGCGUGCGCGCUGCGCGACCACGCCGCGCGGCUGCUCGCGCAGGUCACGUGCCACGCCUGCCGCCAGCGCUCCUUCGCCGUAGUGCCCAUGGUGGGCGUCGUCGCGGCCGGCGGCGACGGGCACGGCCACGGCCACGGCCACGGCGGCGCCUCGGCGGUGGCCUGCGAGUCCCUGAGGAGAGGAGCAGGGUUAGGACUGUAA